ACAAAAUAUUUACAAUAACUUUCAUUGUUGCUGGAAAAAAAAUUACACCCAACUACACAAAUAAUCCAAUAUGGCUAGUUCAGGAAGUGAGAGCAAGAUGAGUUUGAAAAUCCUGGUAGACAUAAAGUCUAACAAGGUAGUGUUCGCAGAAGCUGGUAAGGAUUUCGUAGAUUUCAUCUUUCAACUAAUGUCAUUGCCACUUUCUACAAUCACAAAACUCCUGAAUGAGAAGGAAUUAGGCAUGGUAGGUUCCCUUGGAGCACUCUAUAAAAGUAUCGAGUCUCUAGAUGUUGAGUACUACGAAGCCGAUAAUAACAAAGAUUCAGUGCUCAAGCCAAGAGACGAUGUUUGUGUUCCUUUGUUCUCAGUCAAUACUGGCCCAAGUCCCCCAACUAAGAGUGCUGCUGCAUUUAUGUGUCCGUAUCAUUCUAGUUGCGUUACUGAUUAUCAAGGGACAUCUUGCCCCAUUUGCAAGUUCGAGAUGAAUUCGGUAUGCCCUACCGUAAGAUACGCUCAUCCAGCAAAAAAAACAUUGAGCUGUGGGUAUCUGAAAAGGGCGGUGAGUUACAUGGUGAUGGACAAUCUGGAGGUCAAACCAAUGUCCCUUUCGCUUAUAAGGUCUCAUGUCAAGGAUUUUGAUCACUUGGAGGAGAAACAGGUUGAAGUUGGACUCCAAGAGGGAUUGGCAAUACUGAAAGCAUCGAUGGAGACCAAGGCUGUGUUGACUCUUUGGCUACAUUUUGGGUCCGCUAAUACUCUUACUGACAUAUCACCCUUUCAAGUAUUUAACAAGUUGAUAGAGUCAAUAUAUAUGGCUGAGGUAGUCAAGACUGAGGUGAAGCUGAGUUUGAAGAUCAUUGUAGACACACAGGCUAACAAGGUGGUAUUUGCAGAGGCAAACCUCGACUUUGUCGAUUUCAUCUUCAGUAUACUGUCAUUGCCACUUGCAACUGUUGUCAAACUUCUCAAUGCAAAAGACAUGGUUAGUUGCCUCGGAUCACUCUACCAAAGUAUUGAGUCUUUGGAACCUAAAUACUUUGAGGCCUUUCGAGACAAGGAUUCUGUGCUGAGGCCAAGAACUAGCGUAGUUAAUCCUUUGUUGUCAUCGAAUGACACCCCAACUUCAGUAACUUACUAUUUGUGUAGGGAGCAUAACUACAUUAGUGAUUUCAAGGGUAUAGUUUGUCCCUCUUGCUUUAGUAAUAAAACAAUGCCUUUUCACACCAACUCCAAAUAUAUUGCACCAAAAUCAUAUGUCAAGGUUCUGGCAACUUAUAUGGUGUUGGAUAAUUUAGAGAUUAAACCGAUGUCGGCCACUCUCAUCAAGUCGGAAGUUCAGGAUUUUGAUCCCUUGGUAGAGAAAGAAGUUGAAAUUGGCCUUCAGGAGGGUUUAGCAUUGUUGAAGGCUUCCUUAGAGACCAAUUCUGUCUUGAGUACUACGAAAAUCAUAGUAAACAAAAAGAUUAACAAGGUCAUUUUUGCAGAAGCAGAUAAGCAAGUUGUUGAUCUCAUCUUCCACAUUUUAUCAUUGCCGCUUGCUACUGUUGUAAAACUCCUCAAUGAAAAUCAGAAAGGCGUGAUAGGGUGUCUUGGAGACCUCUACAAAGGCAUUGACUCUCUGAGCAAUGACUAUCUCCAGACUAAUCUCGACAAGAACUCCGUGCUCGACCCUAUGAGUGCUGUUGUUGUCCCUUUGCUUACGAAACAGCCACAAGAUUGCUAUAAUUAUUAUGGCCCUAAAUACUUAAAAUUCUAUUUCUGCGCCAGUAGUAACAAUUGCUGGAUAAGCGAUCGCCAAGGAACCUUUUGUCCUCGCCACCGCAGUGAGAUGGCUCAGAAAACGUUGGAAUAUGUGCCCAGAGCACCGGGUUAUGUCAAGGAGGCGUUUAUGGUGAUGGAUAAUUUGGAGAUCAAACCCAUGUCUGUUUCUCUCAUUACCUCCCUUCUAAAGGACUUGACUUCAUUUGAAGAGAGACAAGUUAAAUUUGGUCAUCAGGAGGUAAUAAAUUUUCAACUUUUAAUUGUUUAUAUGAACGUGGUUUAUGAAAGGAACGCUAGAUUGAUACUGCAUUAUUGUGUUAUGUUUGUUUUGGCAGGCAAUAGCAAUUUUGAAAGCGUCUUUGGAGACCAGAUUUGUACUAACUACUGUCUUCCUUGGGACGAAAGUUUAGUGACCACUGAACCAACUCCAACACAUCAAUGGUCUUUUUUUUUUUUUUAAUGUGGCAAUAAUGGAAUCCUUUAUUUUCUUGCUAAGAUUUUAGAUGUAAUGAUGCAAUUCCGACGUGUUAUUAUGUUAUGCUACUGUUAAUAUUAUUGAUUAUGACUUUACAAAUGCUUUUAUGAUCAGAAUUAGCCUCUUAUUAUGUGUGGAAAUUCAGCAUUACAUUUUUAAGAAAUGCAAGUUUUCACUCUAUUUUGAACUUACCAUUUUCUCAAGCAUCAAUUACCAUAUGGUUAAGACUUUUUAAUCAUGCUAACAUUCAAACUGAGCUUAUAUGAUAUGUUUGGCAAGAACGUUAAACAUGAACAGAUUUAACUUAUACUGACGCCUCUCAAGGCCUCAACCAAUAAAAGGGGGUAAAACAAUGAAUCACAAUUAAGGUCUCAGUGUCAAACCAUACAACUAAUACAAGGUAUAGAUUAAGCAUACAUGCAUGAAUUUAAAGCCUUAUGUGAAUUUACAAGUUAAAUCAUCACCUGCCAAGUUUAAUUUACAAAGAUUGUUUUUAAUGUGGCAAUAAAAUCGAUCUAUAACUUAAAAGGUUGCCCUUGAUCAUAAAAGCAUUAGGAGUAUUAGUUUGCCAAUAAGCAACCUGUGCACGGUUAAUUCCAUGGAUUAGUUGAAUUGGAUUCACUUUUUUGAUAUUAAAAAGUUUCAGACCAACUGACCUAUAAAAAAAUUUUCCCUUUCAUUUAGGUUGGGUUCUAUCAAUUUAUUCACUUACAAUCUAUGAUUAGAGCAACAAGUUUUUAUCCUAAACAUUUAUGCUGAGAAAAAGGGAGCUAAGUAGGCUUCUUUUUCCUGAUUGAACUUUGAAAGACAAAUAAGUAAAUGAACAAUGUAUGCUUAACAGGAGUACAGACAUACCUGAAUGGGCUGUAUCAGUUAACUUAGGUUCUGGUCCUUGGCAAGAAUUUCACUUUCAGCAAAACAGCAGCACCAGAAAUGUAGAGUAUGCGGAGUAAUAAGGCAUAGAUGCAAUCUUCUACUUAGAAGGGAUGUAUCCUUAACCAUCUGAAGCUGAAUGGCAAAAAUCCUUCAUAACAAAAAAUAAAAUAAAAUAAAAUAAAAGACUUAACAUCCAAAACAAUCACUUUCAUUGAUGACCAGGUAGUAGCAAACAUGUUUUUACACUCAAAAAAUUCUAUAAUCUUCAACAUGUUAGCACAUAGUAGUGAGAAAUUGCAUAAUCAUAACAUCAAAUUAAAAACAGGAAAAGUAGCAGAUAUUGAUGUUGAAGUUGUAAAAGAUGCACUUUAAGUUUUUGUAAGGUUUCAACUGCAGUUCCAGCUUUGGUGUAAAAUGGCACAUCGAGGAUGGUCUCCCACCUUAUUUAUAUAUUUUCAACUUAUUCUACCAAUUCCCUCAUCAAUAUUGUUUAUAGAACACAAAAUAUGCAAAUGAGGCAGACACAACACUUAGAAUAUGUAAUCCUUGUAUUUGUUUUUGGCAAUAACAUCAACUGUACAUUACGAAAAUUGAAUGAGAAGACAAUCAGUCAUUUUCUUUAUACACCAUAAGUCCAACAUAAAGAUACAUACAGAAUUUAAAUUGAAGCUAAUAUAAUGAUACAUACAGAAGAGGUACCAAAACUAAGCUCAAGAAAAAACAAUAAUUAUACACCAUAAGUCCAACAUAAAGAUA